CGUGAUGCUGGCUUCUGGAUUCCUUUUUCUACCCCCUCCCCCAAUUCUUUUUGUUACAUAAAGCUGCACAUUUGUCCUCUGUUGAUUACAGUCAGUUAAAGAAAAGAGUUCAUGUCCAUCCCAGCUUGUUUCACUUUGCUGCUUCUCCUCCGCCAGCCCAACUUUCAGCUGCAGUAACAUGAUUCCACUUGGCAGAGGCUGAGAGAAUCUUUGGCACAUUGGAAAGCAGCUUAAUGUAAAGUCUACUCUUCUUUCUUAAUUUUUUUAAAGCUUAUUGAAACUCCAGUGCUUCUGCACAGCUUUGGCAGUCACUGCAGGGCUGCUCACAAAUGCUCCAAAUGCAAAAGGAUUACCAAUGCAUUCUGUGAAGAGAAUGACUUAGUAUCUGUCACAUCUCCCUCUAAGAAGCAUUCAGGAAAGACAUGGAUCAAGUAGAAGAGCUUUCUGCAGACAGAAAGAAGAGCUUCCUCUUGGUUGACAAGAAAAAGAGUAAUGGCUGUAGAACCAUGGUGGGAUUUUUAUGCAUAUUCCCUGUGGUGGCUUUUCUGGCUAUUGUGGGAGAUCCAGCUGGAGCUGCACUUCGGGAAAGUCAGGAAGAUGCCACAUCACCUGGGCUUCAGGGAGUGAGUGCCUCUGCUUUACACAGUGCAGCUUUCCCUCCUCGGCCUCCAGCACGGAGAAAACGAUACACCAUCACCCCAGGACACUUGAAAUGGGACCACUUCAACUUGACAUAUAAAAUCUUGUCCUUCCCAAGAAACCUCAUAAACGCCAGGGACACACGCAGGGGACUGGCAGCUGCUUUCCGAAUGUGGAGUGAAGUUUCACCCUUCAGCUUCAGAGAAGUGCCACGGCACGUGGAGAGUGACUUGAAAAUAGGCUUCUACUCUAUCAACCACACGGACUGUCUGGAGUCUCUCAUUCACCACUGCUUUGAUGGCACAACGGGGGAGCUUGCCCAUGCCUUCUUCCCACCCAACGGGGAAAUCCACUUUGAUGACCACGAAUACUGGAUACUGGGGAACACCCGCUUCAGCUGGAAAAAAGGUGUUUGGCUUACAGACCUGGUGCAUGUAGCAGCACAUGAAAUAGGACAUGCCUUGGGGCUCAUGCACUCCCUGAACCCCAAUGCCCUCAUGCACAUCAAUGCCACGCUGACUGGGAAAAAGACCAUCUCUCAGGAUGAAGUCUGGGGAAUUCACAGGCUUUACGGAUGUAAAGACAGAUUAUUUAUGUGCCCAUCAUGGGCACAAAAAGGAUUCUGUGAGAAGCGCAGGAAGUUGAUGAAAAAGCACUGUCCAUCUACUUGUGAUUUCUGCUAUGAAUUCCCAUUUCCAACAAUCCCCCCGACUCUGCCCCCACCAAGGACAAAAACCAAGACUGUUUCUGAAGGCAGGAACGUCACUUUCCGCUGUGGACAGAAAAUCAUUCAUAAGAAAGGCAAAGUUUACUGGUAUAAAGAUAAGGAGCUUCUGGAAUACUCAUAUCCAGGUUACUUAUCCUUAAAUGAAGAUCACAUGAGCAUCAUUGCAAAUGCAAUUAAUGAAGGAACUUACACUUGUAUAGUAAAGAAAAAAGAAAGAAUCUUGACUACUUAUUCGUGGAGGAUCAGACUGAAGCAUUAACAGAGGAUUGAGAGCUUCAAUUCUGCUUGUUCUGCUUCAAAUUCAGAACAUUUCUUUGGCAUUUUAUAUUUAAUCUCCUGUUGUGCAAUUGAAAUUCUACAUCAGCUGCUUCCACACCCUGGGCAAAAGAGACUCUGAGACUUGAUGACUGGAAUGUAAAACUUUUCCAAAUUACUUUUAAUGAUAAAGAAUUUAUCAAGUAUGUUCUGUACAGAGAAUUAAAAGAGUUGUUUUUUAUGAAGUAUCAGAUUUUGCAGUUAAAGUGUGAAACUCCACAGACUGCUGGAAAACAGGAAUGUCACUUCAUCAAAGGAACUGAUGGAUGGAUUGCUGGCCCAGCUGCUGCAAUGGAGGCAGAGGUAUUGUGGAAGGAAAACAACCAGUUACACUCUGUAAGUGUUUUGCUGACCUUUGUCUUUUAGAUCCUGGUACAUAGCAAUAGCAGAACUUGAAAAAAGUAUAAGAUCCAAUAUUACCUUUUAUUUGUCACCAAACCCUUUCUAAUGAUGCCAUUCCACAUAUUGACAGGCUUAGUUCCAGUAUCCACAGGACACCUUUUGUACCUCCACCCACUUUCCUGUGGUUUGUAUUUAUUACUCAUGUAAUCUCAUCCCUGAGGCUGUUUACCUCUGUCAGCAGCUCUAACGUAUCCUUCAGGUGUCUGAUCAAUAAGCCUCUUGCCACCUUCAACAGAGAUGAGGUAAUUUCCAUCACUAUCCUCCCCCAGUAACCAAACCAUGAACUAAAUGUGCCACAUCCAACAGGAAAAUCUUGUUAGUAUUGGCUGGCAACACCCAGUGCACUCCAGUGUCAACAGUGAUGGAGCAUUCCCUCACAGUAAGGAACUCCUGACAGUCAAGACAUUUAGCAGGAUUAAAGCACCUGCAUUGCUCUUUCCUUAGGUUCAGCCUUUUCCCUGACUGCAGCAAUGCCAAGGAAGGUACGAAGGAAAUAAAUCACAGAGUGCAAGAAAGAUGCACAGCCUGAAACACAAAAUAUGCACACUCUUAGCACAGCCCAUGGUUCUCUUUUCCUGUACUCUAGGAGAUGUUGCAAUAACACCCUGCUUUGUAGUAGGUGUUACUGAUGUCCACCUAGGAGGAAAUCUUGCUAAAAUCAUGUACAUUUCAGUUAACAGGCCAGUACUAAACUGGUUUUCCUUCAGCACCAGACAACCAGUUGGGCCUAAAGAGAAAACAGUUCUGCAUUCCUCCACAGAAAAACCCCAAACCAAACAAAUCCAACUAGUUCCAAAAUUUACCACAAUUUUAGUACAUCCAAAUUCCAGUUCCAAGGCCUUUACCCAGGAAAAACCUCUUAAAUUAUAAACAUUCUAUCAGUUUCAGUAUAUUUUAAGUUAAUCCUUUUAUUGGACUGGUGCCUAGCUCUGAUUGCACAAAUACCUCAGUAUUUUCCAAAUCUUCCUGUUCCCAGAAAAGAACAGCAGCAUUGUAAAUCAGAGACCCAAAAGGAUGUGAGACUCCAACGUGAUUCCUCAGGAGAAAGGACUGGAAUAUGGCAUUAUACAGUCAGUAAAACUGAGCUCUUCUUUUUAUGAAAAAGGGGUGUAUUUAAAAGAACUUCCUAUAGAAAAUAAAGUUUCAAAGUCUCCAUAUGAAAUCUUUUUGAUUUACAAAACAAUAGAGUACUCCUUUUACACCAGCACCACUGUAAAUACAUGUAUACAGCACAACAAACCACAGUCAGCUCAGCAGAGCACCCAAAAAUACUGCCAGGGAGGAGUAUCAAAAGCCUAACAGGAAGGAAACCUCAGGACUGGAAUGGAGUUUUUGUCCUGAACUAUAUUCAGACACCUUCAAUUUACUAACAGCAAACACAGUAAGAAAGGGUUGUUUGCCCAGGUUGACAAUAUGCUGUAAUAGUGUCAGCACAGAUAAGUUUACGUUCUAGAAGACUUAAUGGCACCCCCAUCCAAGUUUGCUGCAAGUGAAGAAAUGAAAUCCUUCCUCCUGUUAAGCAAUUAAAAAUGUAUUUUAAUUCUACAAAUUUACAAGGAAAAAAAAACCAACAAAAUAAACCCAACAAAACUUAAAAAUAAACCAGAAACUGUUCCAGGAUUGAACUUCAAGUUUUGCUUUGUCAAAUUUUGUAAUAAUCCUUGGCUUUUCAGGUUAAUUCCAGUCCUCUAAUGGAAUGCAGCAGUCAUACUCCACAUCCAGCAAGAGCCUUUGCAUCUGUGAUGACAUUUGACUUUUCCCCUGUGAAUCUACUCUCCCUGAUGUGAAGAACUGAACUGGGGCACUCAGAAAUCCACUCACAUGAAUGGUUCUUUUGUGUUUUAAUCCUCUUCACAUUGAGUUUAAAACUUGAGGCUGAAGCCAGGUCCUGCAGCAGAUGCUCCUUGAGUGGUGGUGGUCAGAUGAAAACCUGUGUCCUUCAGAUCAUCAUCACCCUGUAAAAACCAAUCACAAUUCAUUUAUCAAUAAACAUCUGUUACCUUUUCAACCCCAAAAUCUAAACAAUGACAAUAAAACCCAUCAAAGUA